UCAAGCAAACUCUGUGUUAUCAAGCACAAAUCAUUUAUCGGAAAUUAAGUUUUUUAGUUUUAUAAAUCCAUCGCCUGGGCCCAGAACGCCCAAAACCCAGCCGUAACCCUCAGAAGUGGCCAGCAACGCGCGCCGAUUGCGUACGGGUGGCAACUCCAGUAGAACGUUGCCGAGCUGCGAAAGUGUGCAAAAGCAAAACGAAGAGAACGCAGCGCAGCCGAAAAAAAUUGAAGCAGCACUGCACGCGAUAUAUUUUGUAUUUUCAAAGGUUAAAGCCGCAUUCAAAGGCAUCCGCCGAGCGCAAACGAAGUGCAAAAGUGCCGGCCAGCCGCAACAUUUGAAGCAGCCGCCAAGCAAAAGACUGAUUUGAUUACAAGGAACUAGGAGCAGGAACGCGAGGAUUCCGCCACUGCACACUGAAUUGAGCCCCAGAUAACGCGGCAAACUGCAGUCGACGGGGAAAAGUCGGGAGUUGAAGGCUGGGCAGCAGCAGCAGCAGCAUCAGCAGCAGCAGGAGGGACAGGGACGGACGGCGAAGAACCACCAGAACCAGAACCAAAACAAAGCGGAUAAACCAGGAGGCACUGCGUCCGGCAACAUGGAAGAUCUCCUCGUGGAAGUUCGGCUCGACAAUGGCGCCUACUACAAGGGCCAGGUGACAGCUGUCGGCGAUGAUGGCAUCUUUGUGGAUGUGGACGGCGUGCCCGAGGUGAUGAAAUAUCCAUUUGUGAACGUUCGCCUGCCGCCCGAGGAAACCGUCGAGGUGGCCGCACCGAUCUUCGAGGAGGGCAUGGAGGUGGAGGUGUUCACGCGCACGAACGAGCGGGAAACCUGCGGCUGGUGGGUGGCCAUCAUUAAAAUGCUCAAAGCGGACAUCUGUGCGGUCGCGUACAUCGGUUUCGAGACGCCCUACACCGAAAUCUGUGAACUGGGCCGUCUGCGCGCCAAAAACUCGAAUCCGCCAAUUACAGCCAAGUCCUUCUACCAGUUCACGCUGCCCGUGCCCGAGGAGUUGCGCGAAGAAGCCCAGAAGGAUGGCAUACACAAGGAGUUUCAGCGCACAAUCGAUGCCGGCGUCUGCAACUACAGUCGCGAUCUGGACGCCCUAAUUGUCAUCUCCAAGUGGGAGCACACUCAGAAGCGUGCCAGCAUGCUCAAGGAUAUGCAUUUUCGUAAUCUCUCACAGAAGGUUAUGCUGUUGAAAAGGACUGAAGAAGCUGCCCGUCAGCUCGAAACGACUAAACUGAUGAGCCGUGGAAACUACGUUGAGGAGUUCCGUGUGCGUGACGAUCUCAUGGGCUUGGCCAUCGGCUCGCAUGGCUCGAAUAUUCAAGCGGCACGCACGCUGGUCGGCGUCACCAACAUCGAGCUGGAGGAGAAGUCCUGCACAUUCAAGAUCAGCGGCGAGACCGAGGAGUCUGUGCAGCGUGCCCGCGCGAUGCUCGAGUACGCCGAGGAGUUCUUCCAGGUGCCCAGGGAGCUGGUGGGCAAGGUGAUCGGCAAGAACGGGCGCAUCAUCCAGGAGAUUGUGGACAAGAGUGGCGUGUUUCGAAUCAAGGUGAGUGCUAUCGCUGGCGACGAUGAACAGGAUCAGAAUAUACCACGUGAGCUGGCGCAUGUACCCUUUGUGUUCAUUGGCACCGUCGAGAGCAUUGCGAAUGCCAAAGUGCUGUUGGAGUAUCAUCUGUCGCACCUAAAGGAAGUGGAACAGCUGCGCCAGGAGAAGCUGGAGAUUGAUCAGCAGCUUCGCGCCAUCCAGGAAUCCUCCAUGGGCUCCACACAGAGCUUCCCAGUGACGCGGCGCUCUGAGCGCGGCUACAGCAGCGACAUCGAGUCGGUGCGCUCUAUUCGCGGCGGUGGUGGCGGCCAGCGUGGUCGUGUACGCGGACGUGGUGGUGGCGGUCCUGGCGGCGGCAAUGGUCUGAACCAGCGCUACCACAACAAUCGCCGCGACGAGGAUGACUACAACUCGCGGGGCGAUCAUCAGCGUGACCAGCAGCGUGGCUACAACGAUCGCGGCAGUGGCGACAACACUGGCAGCUAUCGCGGAGGCGGUGGUGGCGCCGGUGGUCCUGGCAACAACAGGCGCGGCGGAGUCAACCGCCGGCCGCCACGCAACGACCAGCAGAAUGGCAGGGACUAUCAGCACCACAACCACACCACCGAAGAGGUGCGGGAGACCCGUGAAAUGAGCAGCGUGGAGAGAGCGGACAGUAACUCAUCGUACGAGGGUAGCUCGCGGAGGCGCAGAAGGCAGAAGAACAACAAUGGACCCAGUAACACAAAUGGAGCGGUUGCCAAUAACAACAAUAAACCGCAGUCGGCGCAGCAGCCACAACAGCAACAGCAGCAGCCGCCGGCGCCUGUGAACAAGGCGGCACUAAAUGCCGGAGAUGCCAGCAAACAGAACAGCGGCAAUGCGAACGCCGCUGGCGGUGCGAGCAAGCCGAAGGAUGCCUCACGCAACGGCGACAAGCAGCAGGCGGGCACACAGCAGCAACAGCCAUCGCAGGUACAACAGCAACAGCAGCAGCAGCAGGCGGCACAGCAGCAGCAGCCAAAACCGCGACGCAACAAGAAUCGCAGCAACAACCACACGGACCAGCCAUCCGGGCAGCCGCAGCUGACGGAGAAUGUGAAAAAGGAGGGCCUGGUCAAUGGCACGUCCUAAGCCGAGUGGCCAAAGCGGUAGGAGGAGCAACAGCUCACAGAUGGGUAGAACAACAUGAACACGAAUUGCACAUCGUUCAACGGAGUAACAAUGUUGUAUGCGCAGCGGGGGCAGUUUAAUAUUCACGUUGAUGUCCUUGAAUAUGGCCGCCACAUAACACAACAAACAACAACAAACACAACACAACCGCAACACAACAACAAACAAAACAUCCGAUCAACAUCAGACACUAGAACAACAACAUCAGUCAACCACAAGAGCCACUAACCAAUUGUUUGAGAAACUAUAUGAGUAACUAAAAAAAGGAAACGAAAAAAUUAAGUACAUGAAAUAUGUAACAAAUGUAAAAGCAUAAACUAACACACACACAAGGAUAAACUCACACACACACAACCACACACAGUUCGAAUUAUACACAAAAAGGAGAAGAAAUAAAAGAAAAAUUCAUGCCUAGGCUUAUAAUUUGAAUUGAAACUAAAAAAGCUUCAAUAACAAUCAAAAUGAAUUAUAUUUAUGUAUAAAAGAAACUCAAAGGCAAUUAUUAACAAGCAAAACGAACGAAUCGAAAGGGAAACAUUGAAUAUGUAAACUAAAACUUUAACUCUAAUCCGGGCAACUAGCGUAGUUUUUCGAAAAGAAAAUCUAAAGAAAACCUGACGAAAUGGGCGCUUCUAAAGCGCCCCUUGCGUCAACUUGAAAAGUUUCUAGUUAUAUGCAUAUUAUAAUAAAACGAGAAUAAUAUAAUUGCAUUUUUGUUUUGGUUAAAUUAUUUUUAAUUGAGUCUAUCAUGUGUUUUUUUGUGUAUAAUUCGUGCAUGCAACAACUUAAUCGCCUAGCAGGUUUUUCUAUAUUACCAUUAUUUUUGUAUUAUUAUAUUUUAGUUUAACAAUGUAAAUGCCCAGGCGCGUUUAGAAGUUGCUUAUAAAAUUCAACAAAGUAAAUGAACGCGGCUCAAGCCAAAAGCCACGGCGAACAAUUUAAUUUGCAGGCGAAUGUCUGCAAAGGACAUGUUCGUCGUGAGCUUUUGCAACGUUUCAUUGUUUAUUUUAUUUGUUACAACAUGGAAAUCCUCUCUUAUUUUUAUAAUGUUGUAUUUAUUUACUAUUAUUAACACAUCCACAUCCACACCAGACACACCCACACUCACCCGCAUACUUCAUUAAAAAUUACACGAACAUCAACUCUCACACACGCGCUCGCUCAUACAAACCAGAAGGGAAACGCAUUGAAUUUGAUUUUGUUUUAUAAAUAUAUAAUUUACUUCGCCAAACCUACAAAGCGUAUACUAACUUAGUCCUCUAUUAAAUACUCUUAACUUAUUUAAAACAAGUAACGUGCAGAGUCAUCGAGAAAUGCGAAUCAUUUGAAUUGAACCAUAAUAAAAGAGCCAACUAAGGAAUAUAAA